UUCCAAAGCUUUUGGAAAAGAAGGGAUAGUGAUCAGAAUUCCUGCUGUUAUUUCCCAAAGAACAGAAUCUCGGGUUAAACCAGGAAAGUUCACCGUCCUUGUUUCUGGGUUGGAAAUCCACGACUCAGACUCCUUGCUCAUGCACAGAUUUGAAAGAGAAGAUGUAGAUGACAUCAAGGUUCACACACCUUAUGAAGUCAGCAUCCGCCAGCGAUUCAUUGGGAAGCCAGACAUAGCUUAUCGUCUGAUAUCUGCCAAGAUGCCAGAGGUUAUCCCCAUUUUGGAAGUGCAGUUCAGCAAGAAGAUCGAGUUGUUAGAGGAUGCCUGGAUGUUCGGAAGCACUGCAACCGCUUCCCCAGCAGAGAAGGGCUACUCAGUCUGGCUUGCAGCAUCUGGACCGACGGACCAUGCCUUGCACAGCGAGCCCUCCUCAGGGAGCCAGGAAGGCAGGCCACUUCAGCUACAGACGAGCGAGCUGUUAAUUUCUGACGGGGACGCCCAGGAACUGAGACAGAUCCUGAAGAAACUGAAGGAUCUUGCCUUGGAUGCCGAGACGGAGCUGGAGAGGCAGGAUGAGGCCCUGGACGACCUCACUGCAGCGGUGGACAGGACAACCUUAACCAUUGACAAGCACAAUCGACGAAUGAAGAAACUAACAUAGAAGGAAAAGAAACCAUAGAGGUGUACCCCGUGUGAACAGAAUCUCUCCUCCGGGGCCACAUUCAGGCCUGAGCCGCCCCUCCUACGUGGGCCGCUCGGCCUAGACCCCACAGCCUUUCCUUUCAUUCCAUUUCCCUCUGGUAGACAGGUCAGUGUCUGGUUGUAUUGUGAUCUUCCAACCUAAGCUGAGAGUCUAGUCACCUCAAGGUCAUCCUAUAAAUACUCUUUCACUGCCCAGUUUUUAGUCAAACAUGAAAAUAGUACAAACUACCUAUUUUAAAAAGUAAUUAAUUUUUGCUCUUCUGCCCCAUUUCUAUUCAGAAACAAAAGACAAGUGCUAAUUUUAAGAUAUUUUUUGAAGAUACGCAUUGAUGCUGCUUUCCGCUUGGUUUGGGGUGUCUUAGUGUGUCCCCGGGAGAGCCCCUCAUGGGAAGACAAAGGGGAAAGUAGAGAAAUGGGCGAUCCCCUUUCCUUCUCACCACAGGCCACCCCAGACUGCUCCGCUAGCCCCUCAAAGAUCUACGCACCGAGAGGCUCACUGAGACCUCCCAGAGAUGGUACUUUAAAUUACCUCUCCUACAGCCCUGCCAGGAAGGAGCCUCGAGGCCGUGCCCCGCCCCGCGGCACUGCUCCACUUGCGUCCUAAGCCCUGGAUGUUUUUAAGAAUGAGUUCACAGGUGCAGUGUUAGCUUUCUGGAGCUGCCCUAACGCAGUACCGCAAACAGGGCUUACUGCAAUGCAGAUGCACUCUCUCCCAAGUCUGGAGGCCAGGGUCAAGGUGUGAGCACGCUGUGUCCUUCUGGAGGCUCUAGGGGAGGCUCUUUCCUGCCACUGCCAGCUGCUGGUGCCUCUGGUGUCCCUGGGCUUGUGGCUACAUCACCCUAAUUUCUGCCUCCGUUUCAUCUGGCCGUCUUCCUGUGUCUCUGUGUCUCAAGUCUCCCUCUCCUUUCUCCUGUAAGGACACUUAUCAUUGGAUUCAGGGCUCACCUAAUCCAGGGUGAUCUCUUUGCAAGAUACUUACCUUGAUGACAUCUACAAAGACCCUAUUUCCAGAUAAGGGCACGUGCUAAGGUUCUCAGUGGGCAUGAAUUUGGGGUCACCUAGGGAUGUGCACCCUUGGGAAGCCGACCUAUUCCAAGAAGACAUGGAAAGUAGCCCUUCUAGAAAGUGACGUUCAUAAGGGGUUUUGAUUCUUUUUUUAAUUUGCUAACUUAUAUCCCUAGUCUCUGUUCGUCUCAUUUGGUUUGUACUUACCAGCCUCCAAAAUGAGAGGUGGGCCUGUUCUCUCAAGGUUCCUUACUGUAGUGCAGGCGUGUGAGCAGCUGCUCUUGACAGUGUCUGGUCCAUCAGGGGUCGGAGCUCUCAGAGUUCAGGCCCAUUCCAGGGGCGGUCUGGCCCCGGGCGGCCUCUUCUCCUUAUCCUCAACGACAGGGAGGGGCAGCGAGGGCGCAGCAGAGGUGAUGAUGUGUCAGAAAGGACAGUUACCGAGACCUCAUGACCAGAGAGGCGAGGCGGCAGCAGCUGGAUCCUUGUCCUCACGGAACUUGGAGCAGUGCUGGGGGCGGGGCAGCCCCUGAGGAGCAAGUUCCCCCUAGGCGGAGUGCCUGGUUCUCACCGUGGCCACACACUGGGCUCGGGCCAGGGCCUCAGAAGACACCAACACAUGUGCGUGCACACACCGAUCCCGGGCCCCUCAGUCAGCAUCUCUGUGGACACGCACGCUCCACAGAUGUUUCUAAGGAGCACACAGGACAAGAUCCACAGGCCAAGGGACUUAGCUACCACCAAACCUAUUCUCUCUCUCUCUCUCCAUCUAGCUUGGAGAGCCCUGGGCAACUAAAACAAAAGUGAAUCUUCUCCAUUCAUAAUGCUGUUCCAAAUCCAGGCAUACCCCGCUCAGGGGUUCUCAGCUCAGCCUUCAGUGGCCCAUUGGCACCUCCUUGUCCUGAAAACAGAUACUAUCCAGCACUCAUGUGGCAUCAGGGCUGCACACACCUCGGCUGCUAACAGGCCUCUAGAAAGCAGGGAGUGGGACCCGGCUGGUGGCCUCUCCCUGUGAGUUAGCGCUGAGUGCUCUGGGCCUCACCUUCUCCUUAUCCAUCACUUGGGAACGCAUAAAGCCCCAACACUCUGGGCAUACAGGGGUGUGGUACUGAAGACAUUGUACCACUAGAGGAUUAUUCUCCAGGACUUUUCCCUCCCAUGAAUAAUUGUUAGAGACUAUGGUCUGUCUAUGUGGAGACUUAAGAGAGUAAAAAAAAAAAGCCAUCAAGAGCCAUUUUAUACUAUUCUAUAAACCUUGGCUCCAGAGUUAAGUUUUUUUAAGCAUAACCCCUUCCAAGAAGUAGCAGAAAAUCCAUCUGUCAGACCUUUAGUCACUAAGGCUGAAACAAAGUUGCCAAGAACCCUGUAAAGCCAGGCAGUGACUCCCACAGCACACUGGUCCCCAGCCCAGGUGCACUGACUCCACCUCCCACCGCUCCCUCCACUCCUGGUGCUCCGGCUCUGCCUCCACAUUCUGGACACGGGAGGGGCACGAGGGGGAUCGGACACUGGGAAUACCGGGGGAAGGAGAGGAGCAGGUAGGCUGGGGAUCUCCUGCCAUCCUCAGGCAGCCCAGGAGCUAAGUGUCAUGAUGCCUGGAACCCAGUGGAUCCCAUCAGGUGAGCAGACCCUCAAGAGACUGGCAGGAAUGGCGCACAAUCCCAUUGUCUGACCAUCAUCGCUAGUGUUUGGCUCAGGACCUGUUGUGUCUCCUGUUUUGUUUUUUUACUUUCCUGUUACGGAGCUUGCCCUCUGACAUUGAUUGGUUCGUGUACAGGGUCAAGCUCACCCAUGUGCUUUAUUUCAAAAUCUGUUUGCCCUUAAACCUGUGGCGGAGGGAAUGGAUUCUGUUAGUUUGUUGUCACUCCUUAAGGCGUUUGCACUUCCUAAAAUACGAAAUGCUUUGAGCUCAGCUUUACACUCUGUAAAGGUGGGCAAAAAUGCAAGACCCACGUCUAAUGCAGCUGUGAGACCAACGUGGAGCUGAAAUGAAGCUGCUUUGACAUUUCAUCAAAAACGACUGAAUCUUCCGUUUGUUUAGGGCAGAGGUCAGCAGACUGUCUAUAAAAGGCCAGGUAGAAAAUAAUACUUCAUUUUUCAAGCCAUCAUGACGUCUGUUGAAAUGUCUCAGGCCUGCUGUUAAAUGAAGGCAGCCUGGGCUUCUGAGCAGACUGACAUGCUAUGCUCCCAAUAAAACCGCCUGUGAGAUUAGAACGUGUAUGUCAUGUGUUGUGAAAUGUUUUGUCUUGUUUUGGUUUUCUUCUUUAAGCCAUUUGAAAAUUCAGGCAUGCCUUAGCUUGCAGGUUGUGGGAACAGGCUGCAGGUGUCUGUAGCCACCUGCCCAGGUGGGUGCGUUCCUUUUGAGGUUUCAGGUCAGAGUUGUGCAGCCUGGGCUGCCCUGAGGGCAGCGCCCUUCCCUCCUCAGCCCGAGCCCGGCCCAAGCCCGUCACAUAGCACUGCUGCCGGUGGCCAGAGCUGAGCCUAGGCUCGUGGCUGGGAGGCUUCUUGGUAUUCUUGCUAUAAAAGGUGAAAAAGGACAUAAUGGAAAAGACAAAAAGAACAUAAUGAAACAUGAGAAAUUAAUGACAAAAUCUUUAAAAGAGUCUAUUGUGAAAAAAUGGAGACAUGAAAAAUGUUUGAUGGAGGGGGGGAUAGCUCAGUGGUACAGUGACUGUUGAGCAUGCACGAGGUCCUGGGUUCAACCCCCAGCACCUCCAUUAGUAGGUAAAUAAAUAAACCUAAUUACCUACCCCCACCGCCGAAAAAAAACCCAAAAGAAAAAAGAAAAAUGUUUGAAUACAUUUGAAUGUGUGUAGAUUCAUGGUUAUGGUUGUAUUUGGGUAUGUCUUAGAGAAAGUGACUCUGUCUCAAAGUUGAUCAUUAAGGAUUCAGGAUCUAAUGUCAGAUGUAAGUUCUUUAUGAUAUAAAAAAAACUUGUCUCUUCAGAUUUCUCUGGAAAUAAAAUGAGCAGAUGAAGGAU